AUGGGCAGUGGUGGGAAAGCACCUCGUCGUGGUAAUGCUACACAGCAACGUACUUGUCUCCAGGGUGGUAGGAUACGAUUACAAAGUACUGUAGAUUCUACCUAUCCAUCCUCUCGCUUAUUGGUAUGGCAUUCGUACUUUUCGCAUGCUCUUUCACGCCAUGAGAGCGUUUUGAAUGGUCACGCAUUUAACCAACAGCUCGAAGUGUUUCUACCGUCAACGACUGGAAAAACGACUGCUGAGUCACUACAAUGGGAAAGUGGAUUUUAUUAUGACAUGAAAUCAUCGUUAGAUGUGUUUCUAUCGCCAUCUUUUAUCCGUGAGUAUCUACUAAAUGACGGGACUGUGGUGAUGGUGACCAAGAAUGUGGCACUGGAUGCAUCGCAAUCCGCAAUGUUGUUACCUUCUGGAGAAUUGCUGCUACUUGUAGAUGCUCAUACGUACCAUCAAUUGGGAAUUGUGGGUGAGAAAUAUGGCAAGAACGUGCCUGCAACAUGCAGGACGAUGCAUGUGAAGCAGGGUCAAAAAUACGUCAUCACGCUGGACUUGACAUCGUCUACGUUUGUGGAAGAAGGAAAAAAUUGGCUACGAGAUCGAGUGAAAAGUUGUUUGAGUACGAAGCUAGAGCAGAUGGAAAUGGUGGUGUGUGCGUACAAUCAGCAUGGCUCGGCACGCACGAUUUUGUUUGGAGAUGAUGAUGCUUUGCCACGAUCACGGGUUGAACUGAAUGGCAAGACGACAACGUUUAGUGAGAUAUUUCUGCCCAGGUUUGAUGCUUUUUACAAGGAGUUAGGUGCGAAUGACAGGCAUGGAGAUGAAGAAAACGACAAGCUUAGGAUCUCGUUGCAGGAGGCAUACGACUGGUUGGGACUUGUAGCCUGCCGCUUGACUAGCUUGUUAGAGAGGAAAAAGCUAGAAGAGUAUGUGUCGACGUUCACAGGCACUCCUGAUUUGUUUGAGUGCAAGCCAGACAGUGAGAUCACAACGGUGCGGUGGCGUGGUUUGUUGUCAACGCCAUUUUGCUCUACUGUUGUUGAAAAGGUGCAGCGCGCUGUCAAAAAUGGAGAGCUGCCGUGGGGUGCAGUCACGGUGUGGGGCUUCCCGGAUGUCUUUGUGUCUUCGGUGCAGCAGACGAAAACGAGCAAGAGCGCUAAGCGAACAAGCGAGGACAAGCGACGAGAGCAUGGAUAUUUGGUUCAUGGCAGCAACAAUUAUACACUGCUCAUGCUGCCAAAUGACGAGUAUUUCAUGUUGCAAGCGCUUGGCCCGCAUGACGCCACCGUAUAG